AUGAAAUAAAGGAAAAAAGCUUAAGUGGCAGAUAAAAUUUGUUUCAAUUGUGAUAAAUCAAAUUCCUAAUAAUUAAUAGUCAAAGGCAAACAACUAAUUAAUCAAAUUCCUAAUAUUUAAAUUGUGAAUACUAUUCUAAAAAAAUAUUUUGGAUAUCUAAUAUAACCUAAACCAUUUUAGAAAUUGAAAAACUAAAGAUCCAAAAGUAAAACUGACUUACAUUCGAAUCUUUAAUACUUAGAGAAAUUAAAAUUAGCUCAUUUUGACAGAGAAUUAAUUUAAUAAAUUAAAAAUACAGAAUCAAUAUUUUCACCUUCAUCAUUAUAAUACAGAAAUUGCUUAGUUUUGAAUUCUGAAUUUAAAGGAUUAAAUAUUCUUGAAUAUGUUUUUGAAGAAAAAUUGAGUAAUUAUUAAUAAUUAUAAUAGGAAGAUUAGAGUGGAAAUUCUGUAAUAGUAAUAAUCGAUUUUUAGUGUAAGAUUUUAUUGAAAAAGACCUUUAUUUGAAUGACCAUACUGGAGUAUCAUAAUUAAUUAAAUAAAAUGAUAAGUAUUAUUUAAAACAUCUAUACACUGUAGAGGUAGUGGAGAAUGAAAAAUCAAUUUAAGUAUUUUAUUGAAUUAAUUUUAUAGAAAUAUUCAAGUCCUGAUUAUAUAAAUUAAAUAUUGUAUGAAUAAACAUUAGAUAGAUUAUACAUCUUAUCAAAAAGUUAAUUAAAAACAGAAGAUGUAAUUUUGAAAUAAUUCUCAACAUAACAAGCUGAAGCCUACAUCAUUUAAUCUGUAUUUUUACAUAAGAAUCCAUAUUUAUUGUUUUUAUAAAGCUAAAAGGAACUCUAACUUUAUGAUUAAAGAAAAUAAAAUACAAAUGUACUUGUUUCUAUUGAUUUACAAAAUUUGUUAACGAAUAGAAUAUACUCAUUUCAUUAAUUUUAAUAAAGUUAAUACAUAAUGUUAUCUACAAACACAGAUCUGUAAUUUUAUGAUUUAAGAAAUCUAAGAAAUCCAUUUAAUAUAUAAAAGCAUGGUUGUAUGGAAACUGGAAUAUCUUAAUUUGUAAGUAUAACUGAUUAAACAAUAAAUUUCGAAGCUUUUUUAGAAUAAAAAGAUUUUUAAUUAAAUAGAAAUAAGACCUUUUCCACUGCAGAAAAUGUAAUUGGUUAUUCAAAUUAUGGAAAUUCUAUUUUUAUUAAUUUUGAUUGUGGGCUUGUUAAUUAAGUCAAAGAAAAUUUACCAUCCUUAAGAACUUGUACAAAUUUAUUAGUAGAUGAUUCAAUUUAAUAUGGUACAAAUGAUUUGACUCUAAAUGGAUUUCCUAUGUUAAUUGGAAAUAGUUAAAUAUAUUCAAAAAGAUUAAAAAAUAGAGGAUUUUAAUAUAUUUAUCUUGAUAAAAAAUAUUUUAUCUUUUCACUUGAUAAACAAGGUGGUUUAGGAUUAUAAAUUUUGGAUUCUUAUUUUGAUCCAAUAUGUAUUAAUUAAUAAUCUAAUAAUAUUGAUGAAAUUUUAAUGGUAGAAUGUUCAGAAAGAUAGUAAUUGAAUAAAAGCUCAAAUGAUUAUGAUUCAAUAUUUGAUGAAUUUUCAGAUAUUUAGGAUUCAGAUUUGGAACUAGUAGAAAUUUAAGAACUACUUCCAAAAGUUAAAAAAAUUAAAUUGGAUAAUUUUUCUAUUGAAGAAUUCAAUUUAAAUGAAGAAAAUAUUGAUGAAGGAGUAUAAUUUGAAGAUGAAAUACUACUUUAAAAAGUAGAAAAGGAAAUUUAGAAUGAGAAUAAUAUUUAGUUAAAAUAAAAUCAAAAUUUUAUUUUGACUCAAGACAUAAUUAAUUUUAUGCUGAAACAAUUAUGA